GUUUUUUUAACAUAGAGAGAAAGUCAGAAAGAGAAGAAGAAAAAAAAAAGUUUUAAGAAACUGGAGCCUGGAGGGUAGUAUUAAUGCCUUCUAAUUCUGGAGAUGAUAAUGUUCUUCAAGUUCUCAUCAAGAACUUCGAUGUCCUUGCUCUCCCAUUGGUUGCUCUCGUCUACCCUCUAUAUGCAUCAGUGAAAGCCAUAGAGACAAAAUCAUUAGCAGAAGACGAGCAAUGGCUCACCUACUGGGUUCUCUAUGCAAUCAUCUCCCUCUUCGAACUCAUUUUCUCCAAACUUCUUGAUUGGUUUCCGAUAUGGCCGUUCUUGAAGCUGAUCGGGAUAUGCUGGCUUGUGCUACCACAGUUUAAUGGAGCAGAACAUGUCUACAGACAUUUUAUCAGGCCAUUCUACAUGAAUCCUCAAAGAGCUUCCACCAAUAUUUGGUAUGUUCCUCAAAAGAAAUUGAAUUUCUUCCCCAAACGUGACGACGAUGACAUCCUCACUGCUGCUGAGAAAUACAUGGAAAAACACGGCACUGACGCAUUUGAGCGAAUGAUCGUCAGGAAGGAUAGUUAUGAAAGAGGGAGGAGAGGAGGAGGAAGCAAUGAUUAUAUGACCUUUGAUGACGACUAUAGAUACUAAGUUUACCAUGUUUAUAAUGGGUGGUCGAUCACUGUUAUCGCCAUCCUUUUUGGCCACAUUCAGUUGUAAGCUAGAUGUGUGACUAUUGUCUUAUAUAUCGCUUUUAUAAUUGCCAGGUUUGUGUCUUGUAUCCUCUAUUUGAUAUAAGGUUUGUUCUUCCAAAUCA